UCAUGCACAUUUACGUCAAGCUAAGCGCGCGAUACACGAAUGCAUGCACGCAUGUUUACACACGAUACACGCCAAAAGUUCCCGCGUUGUCUAGCUGUAACAUUGUCUAAUAUCUUCGGCCUGUGAUAUGUGGAGUGUGUGGCAACAGCAUUGACGCAAUUUUGACCGUUUUAUAUCGCGUGAUUUGUGAAUAGUGUCAAACCUUUCGUCACGCUUUAUGGCAAACUGUGAUGGAGAGUGAGUUGGAUCGAGUUCCACGGCCAAUGCCGGUUUUUUAUUAACGGCUGUAUCGCGUUGCUAUUAUUGCUAUAUAUUUCAAAUCAAAUGAUUUAAGAAUACAUUAGAAAUUCAUUCCGCUGUCAAAGAGGAUAAAAUAUAACGACGUGAAGGUUUUGGAGAUACACUUGACCUAAAUAUAAGUAUAUUAAACUAUUAAAGACUAAUACGUUUUAAAGUUGAACUCAGGGUUGUUAUAUAACUUUGUGGCUCUAUGCCGUUUCGUCUGAGAAUGGGCAGUAGAAUUAGCACAAAUAACAAUUCGAAUGGCGAAAUGAAAGCGCCGCAUUCGAUUAAAUCCCGCGGAAAAAACGCCGUUGUCGAUCUUCAAAGGGAACUGUUGGAACGGGACGAUUUACUCACGAAAAAAGACGCCGAAAUUAACAGACUUAGCGAGGAGUUGUCAAAGCGUAACCAAGAAAUUACUCAGCUCCAAAAACGUAUUCAUGAAUUAGAUUGUGUCGUGCAACAAACGUCAAGUUCGAACCAGCCUAAGUUGGGCGAACUGCCUAAAAUUGUGGAGGAAAAACCAGCCCUUGUUAGGACAAACUCUAUGAAAUGGAAAAGGCAGGCGGUUAGUGGUGAAAGUAGUUCAAAUAUUCGAAGACAAGAAUCAAAUAGGGAGUUAUUGAAGUUUUCCAAAGAUUCGAGUUCUAGGCAUUUGAUACGUGAUGCAAUCUGUGCGAACGAUUUUCUUAAAAAUCUUGAAAAGUUUCAAGUACGUGAAAUCGUGAGCUGCAUGUACCCGAAGGAAUAUGAUAAAGAUAACUAUAUCAUCAAAGAAGGAGAGAUUGGGCACGCUCUGUUUGUAAUAUCAGAUGGGAAACUGGAAGUUACAAAAGACAACGAAGUAUUGGGAGAAAUGUCAAGUGGAACGGUAUUUGGUGAAUUGGCAAUAUUGUAUAAUUGCAAACGAACGGCUUCUGUAAGAGCGAAAGAACACUCAAAGCUAUGGGUGAUCGAUCGAUCAGUUUUCCAAGUUAUCAUGAUGCGGACUGGUAUUACAAGGCUUAAAGAGCACAUCCGGUUUUUGAAAAGCGUGUCACUGUUGAACAAGUUGCCAGAAGAAAAAUUAUCCAAAAUCGCAGAUGUCUUGCAAGAGGAAAUCUCUGACGAAGGGACAGUUAUAAUACGUGAAGGCGAGCAUGGUGAUACAUUCUUUAUCAUCAGUGAAGGAACGGUUCAAGUCACACAAACAGUAAACAAUUCUGACACUCCUCAGCUUGUCCGGAAUUUAAAGAAGGGCGACUACUUUGGUGAAAGAGCGUUAUUGAGUGAGGACAGAAGAACAGCUAAUGUAAUCGCUGGGGAGAAAGGUGUGACCUGUCUAGUCUUGGAGAGAAGUGCAUUUAACGAACUGAUUGGUGAUCUGAAUGAGCUGAAAGAGAAAGAUUAUGGCGACGAAGAACGAGGUGCAAUCAGAUUCGCUCCAUCAUGCGAAAACUUGACAAACAUCGGAACGGUGGCAAGGAAUAUUCCCAAAGAAAUUGUGGAGUUGGGCCUAAACGAUAUCACGAUUAUAGCCACGCUUGGGGUGGGAGGAUUCGGACGAGUUGAAUUGGUUCAAAGUAAAAAGGACAAGAAAACUUUUGCCUUAAAAUGUUUAAAGAAGAAACACAUUGUUGACACGAGACAACAGGAUCAUACUUAUUCAGAGAAGAAAAUUCUCAUGGAGUCAUCUUCAUCAUUCAUUGCGAAAUUGUACAAAACAUUCAAAGAUGAUAAAUACGUUUACAUGCUACUGGAGGCUUGCUUGGGCGGCGAACUCUGGACGCUGUUGAGAGACAAAGGCAAUUUUGACGAUACGGUUGCUCGUUUUUAUGUUGCAUCGGUGGUUGAGGCUUUUUCCUACCUUCACGGGAAGGGAAUUGUUUACAGAGAUUUAAAGCCGGAAAAUAUGCUCCUGGAUGGUCAUGGCUUUGCCAAGCUGGUUGACUUUGGAUUUGCGAAAAAAAUAGGAUUUGGCAACAAGACCUGGACGUUUUGUGGAACUCCUGAGUAUGUUCCACCUGAGAUUAUCUUAAACAAGGGGCAUGAUUUUUCAGCUGAUUAUUGGUCACUUGGCAUCCUUAUCUUCGAGUUGGUAACAGGAAACCCUCCAUUCACCAGUAAUGAUGCAAUGAAGACAUACAAUAUCAUACUUCGUGGUAUGGAUGUUUUAGAGUUCCCACGUAAAGUCAGUAAAAGUGCGGGUAACCUCGUCAGGAGACUGUGCCGUGAUAGCCCGACCGAACGGCUCGGGUACCAGAAAGAUGGCUUGCACGACAUCAAAAAACACAAGUGGUUUCAAGGAUUUCAUUGGCAAGGUCUUGUCGAUCGCUCAAUCGAACCUCCAUACAAGCCUAAGCUGACUGGUCCAACGGACAUAUCGAACUUCGAUCCAUUUAUUCCAGAGAAGGAAAUACCCCCAGACGAAUUUAGUGGUUGGGACGAAAACUUCUGAGAAAUCAUCGAGAUAAGGAAAUACCCCCAGACGAAUUUAUUGAUUGAUUUUAUUGAAUGAUUGAGACGAAAGCUAUGAAAGAUCAUUUAUAUAUACAUAUAUAUAAAGAAGACACGUACGAAAAACACGGCUGUGAAAUAACGCUCUAUAGCGUUAUAGUAUAUGGUAUUAUACGUGUGUACCAUAGUCCAUGCAUAAACCGAACCCGUCCUUCAACCUCUCUAAUAGAGAGGGCAAUUUCUGUUCAGCAAAGAUUGGUCCAUAGACAUACAGGCCAAAAAAAAGUAGCGGAGGGGGGGGGGGGUGAUUUAAGUACCAUACCAUCAUUUCUUCCUCUGCAUGUCCAGGAUAGUAUACUGUUUGUACAAUACACUUAAAAUAUCGUGACCACACUGUCAAGUCAUCAUAUGAAGUCAUCAAGAUCACAUAUGACCAGCAACUGAAUAAUUGUACAAAAUUAACAUGUUCAACAAGGUUAUAAAUGGUCCACCAGACACAGAACUUAAUUACAAUCUUGGCAAUAAUUAACAUGGACAUCGCGUGCGUAGAGAGAACCAUUUGUUAAUUUCAGCAUAAAUAACCCUUCGAAAAUGUUCAUCCCUAUCCUACCCCCUAUCCAAUGUUGGCAAACUAUUAAGCUGGCAACCGUGUCAUGUUUAAUCUUUAAACAACAUUGUAUCGGGGGAGUGGCAUGGGGACUUCUUGCCUUUAGAAGACCUCGACGUCUCUAAUUGAUUGAAAAGUGAAGUGUUCACAUGAUUAUUGCCAGGAUUGUAGCUUUUUAACUAUUAUGAAGCCUGUUUGUAGAGUGAACAAAAAAAACGACUGGUACAAUGUGAAUUGAGAAAUGUUUGAAACGACAAAACGUGUGGAAAUUUUUAUUAAGGGGCUAAUGAGCUCAAAGUUGCCAAAAUUAUUUUAAUUUUAGCGAAAGUUGCUUUGUUUGCAAAAAGUUGAUCGAUGUCUAAAAAGUUGCAAAAAAGUUUC